AACGCGGCAAUAAAUAUAAUUUUUAUCUCGACGCGUAUCGCCUCGCUUGUCUCGUCGCUUAGUACUGCGUCAACCUCUUUACUAUGUUUGGUUUCAUUACAAUACACGAUGAAAUAAAAGCCGCGGCGCUUACCUCGUCGCUAUGCCUCUAGCCUCGUCGUUCCACUAUGUUUGUACCCUUAAGGCUUUGGCACACAGAACGCGAUCUGUCGCGGCGGGCAGUUAUCGCGCGAUCCUCGUGGCGGGAAGCGAUUUGUGACGCCACACAAUCCGCGCAGUGUACAGACGCAGGCCAGUCAGAAGUUUCAUAUUGUUGUAUUAUGUUCGCAAAGUCUAGAUCUCAAGAAGUGCUCUUGCUUCUUUUUGCUUUACAAAAAAAGAAAAAGAAUAAAAGACGUUACUGGGUGCACGACAUUAAUAAGAAAAGAGAACAGUGUGGUGAAUACCAUCGCCUCUGUAUUGAACUGCGGUCGCAUGAGGACAAAUUCUUUCAAUAUUUUCGAAUGUCAAAGGCGUGCUUCGAAGAAUUACAUGAACUAAUAAAAGUAAAUAUUGAAAAAUGCACCACGAACUGGAGGAAACCAAUUGAUACAAGACAAAAACUAUCCAUCUGUUUGAGAUAUCUGGCUACAGGCGAUAGGACGGUCCACAGUAUCCAAAAUAGUGAAAGAUGUCUGUCAAGAAAUUUGGAGGGCUCUACAACCAAUUUACUUGCCCAGACCCACCACGAAGAUGUGGAAGCAAUCUGUAGCGGGAUUCUUAGAAAAUUGGGGUUUCCCGAAUUGCCUUGGAAGCAUAGACGGGAAGCAUAUUAA